CACACACGCGGAAGACACACACAGCGCUUGCAGGAGAAGCUGCCGUAGUGAACCUCCACUUUCAUCAUCCUUUACCAAGUUGUCGAACCUUCACACAGACUCCCAAGCCGCCAAUGCUGGCGAGGCGGUGCCGAGUGGCUUAAUUGAUUCACUCUCUGGAAGCGAAUCGAAUCGCGCUCAGCACAAUGAGUCGCAUUUACGACAACAAGAAGCUGGAAGCGAGGCCCGUGCACAGCGAGACGUGGCCCGGACCCUGGGAGCCAAGCGCGUUUGAGCAGGGGAGCGGGGUACUGCUGGAGGGAACCCUUGGAGAGAUUUCCCGUCACGUGAUGCUGGAUUCUGCUGGAGCCAAGCAUCGCUACUCGGUGCUGCACGUGCGGCCGGAGCGAGCCCACCGGCGGCGCUGGGACGCCGGCGGCCGCGAGCUGGAGCCCAACUUCGGCGAGACUCGGCUCGUCAGCACGGGGCACCUCUUCUCCUCCUACAAGUGCGAGGCCAAGGGAGAGACGGACCGCCUGUCGGAGAGCGAGCUGCGGCGCGCGGUGGCCCAGGCGAAGCUGGACUCUGUGGUGGGACGGCACGGCCCCCAGGGGACCCUGCCCUUCUGGGUGGCCGAGGACGACAUGGACAAAACAGAGCUGGAGCUGGGAGACCGGAUCCGCAUCAAGACACGCGGGGACUCGCCAUUCGUGUUCUCGCUGGCGCGCGUCGACGCGGGGACGGUGACGCGCUGCAACUUUGCGGGCGACGCGGCGGCGGGCGCCUCGUGGACCGACAAGAUCCUGGGCGUCAAGUCCGGCCUGGACGCUCCGCCGCCCGGCGCCGGCGGAGACGGGGAGGGGGCGGCUGACGACGAGUGGGACUGACCUCGCCGUCGCUACUCAAAGGAGAUGGAAGUGAACGCCACAUUACUCUUCUCCAUCAGAAGUUUCCAAGUGUCUCCUCUUCCACGAAUCUUCCCGGCUCACCAUGCUGCCAGGGAUUCAAGGUGGCCUCCUGGAAGACGGUGGCUUUUGUGGCAUCUGGCGGCAACCACAGCAUCAGGGAAUGUUUGUCCAUUGUAGGAACCGUCACAUUCUCGCCGACACCAGGGCAUGCGCACUGGGUUCAAAUCACCAUCUCCCGACCCUCCCUGCUGUAAUCCCAACAUGUAAACUAUGCACGCGCGUUUUUUUUAAGCUACUUUGUCAAAAUUAAUAUUGAGUUGCAUUUUGUUGCGAUAAAUAAAAAUAUCAACCAUUCCAAACCAUUGUUUUGUGCUCACAAAUCUCUUGCGGAUAUCU